UCAGACUGAUUGUGUAUUGAUUGAUUUGAAAAUUUAGAAAAAAAAAUUACAAAGAUAAAUAAUGAAAAUUUCACGUCUAAAAUUGUUGCUAUAUUUCCUUCAAAUAUUAAGAAUUGUCAUUGUAUUCAUUCCACAAUCAGGUUAUAUACAACCGGAUGAAUUUCAUCAAUUUACCGAACCAUUAGCCGAAAGAUUUCUACGCGUGGAAACAUUAAAAUGUUGGGAAUUUACCCGUGAUCAACCAAUUCGUUCAAUGAUUAUACCACAAUUAUUGAUUGGACCAAUGUUUCUGGCAUUUCAUCGAAUGUUUUCGCCAACAUCAUAUCAAUCAUUAUCAAGUUAUUGGAUAUUAGUAUUACCUCGUUUUAUUAUGGUUCUAUUCAGUUUUAUUACCGAUAUUGUAUUGAAACGUCUAGUCACAAUGAUCAAUAAUAAUUCUGAUGGUCAUCGAUCAUCAUCAUCAUCAUCUCGAACAAAAUUAUAUACAUCUUUGAUACAUUCAUCAACAUAUUUGGCAUUCACCUAUUAUAAUCGAACAUUUACCAAUACAAUUGAAACCAUAUUGAUGGCUUUAUUACUAUUGAUUAUAUUUGAAUCAUUACAAUUGAAACGACAAAAAUAUACGGCAUCAUCAACAAAAAUUGGUUCAAUACUAGCGAUUGGAUUUUUUAAUCGUCCUACAUUUGUCAUAUUUGCUUCGGUUCCGGUUAUAUUUUGGAUUUGUUCAUUUUCUCGUAAGCAAACCACAACAACAACAACAACAACAAAAACAACAGCAAAACAUCGAAUUUGGUCAAUCAUAACAAAAUGGAUACGAAAUUCGUUUGCAAUUCUACAAUCAUUUCUAGUCGUAUCAUUAAUGUUCAUUGUUGGUGAUAGCAUCUUUUAUAAUCGAUUCGAUCUAAUGACCAUUAUCAAUGAUCCUUACGAUAUGAUUCAAAAUUUAGUGAUAACACCAUGGAAUUUUAUCCAAUACAAUAUACGGCCAUCAAACCUGGCUAAUCAUGGUUUACAUCCCGUUUAUUUUCAUUCACUUGUAUCAAUGCCAUUAAUGUUUACAUUGUUAGCAGUAAUGAUUUACAUGAAUCUUUUUCAUAAUAUGUGGAAAUUUUUUCGUCAUUCAUCAUCUCGUCGUCAAUGUCUCGUACAAAUCAUAAAUGAUUUUUAUUAUGGUGAAAAUCAAUUCCGUUUUCGUUGUACAUUACAUCUAAAUUUUGUAUCAUUAUCAUUGCUAUCAUUGAUACCACAUCAUGAACCAAGAUUUUUACUACCAUUAAUCAUUCCAAUCAUUUGUCUAUAUGGUGAUCAUUUAGCUCGAUUAAUGGAAAAAUUUCAAUCAUUAUUGGUCAUUUGGUUGAUCACACAGUUUGUAUUGACCAUAUUCUAUGGUGAUUCAUCAAGCUGGCAUUAUACGAUCAUUGUUAUAUUUACAAAAUGUCCAUCAUAAUGA